AUGGCCGGUUUUCAAGCGCAACAGCCGGCGCAAACAAAGCAGAAGGCGGCGAAUGAAGGGUUUGUGAGCCGAGACGACCUUCUGGCUCAGCUACAGAGGCGUGCUAAUCUAACGGUCACCCGGCCGCCGUCAGCCGUAGGAUUUCCGUCGGCUGGCAUCAACGGCAGAUCCUUGGCCUUCUCUCCCACUGGAAUCACCGAUAAUUCUGCGUUGCUUUCUGCUGCUUCUCUCCUCCAAUCAUCCGCCUCUAUUCCCCAUCCUCCUGUUUCCUCACUCCCUGGGAUUCCCGCGGUAUCACCUCCUUCAGUAGGAAUACCCGCAUCGAUUCCAUCAAACGGUUUCCUGAGCAACGUACCUGGUGUGACUGCAUCGGGUGGGACCUCCUUCGGCGCCAAUAUUAUUCCCGGCGUAACCCCUCUUAGCAACAGCAUGAUUGCAGCUGCAAGCCCUCUAAACGCUCUUGGAAUCAACUUCGCCGCGAGCAGCGCGAAACUUGAUUCCGACGAGGACGAGGAGAAGAAGAUUCGACGAAUUAUGUCGAAUCGUCAAUCGGCGAAGCGGUCGCGGCAGCGGAAGCGCGAGCGACUCGACGAGCUGGAGGAAGAGGUCGCGGCUCUGACGCAAGCGCGCGAGGAGGCGAAUCGUAAGCUGAAAGAGGCUGAGACGAGCGCGGAAGGCCUUCGUGCGGCGAAUGAGCGCAUGAAGGAGGAGGCAGAGCGAUUGCGAAGGGAGAUUAGCUUGCGCGGAAGGCAGUCGCAGGUUUCGUCGCAGCUUCCCUCGCAAGUUCCUUCACCUGCCGUUCCCGCCGCAGAAGUUGCGGAAGCCGUUCCGGGGUGCGACGAGGCAUCACCUGCGAAAAAGUUGCGGGGAAGUGAUUAUAACGCGGAUGUGACUGAAACUGCCGUUCACAAUGUGAACAAUUCUAGCUCGCCGACUAGUGGUGUCACGCGAACUGAUUAUACUUGUACCGAAGCAAGUGUUAAGGAAGAGGUUGCCGUCGGGGAUGGGUUAGGGUUCUUUGGUGGUGGUUUAAUGGGCAUGGAUGACAUGGGGUGCUUGCUGGGGGAGGCUCCUCAGGGCCUGGGAUUUUUGGAUGAUGCCCUGCCCCUGGAUUCGUACCCAGUGCACAGGGAGGCGCACGAGCAGCUAGAGAGGCUCUCUCUCGUGCUGCCUCGGAGGCUCCUUGGCGCGCGGUUCUCCGCGAAAGCGCUCAGCGAUGACGGCGAAUUCUCGCCGCAGCGUCAAAGCGCCUCGCACAUCUCGAUUGGGAAUCUUAUUAGGUCACUUGGGGGGCGGCCGUCGGAGAAGGAUAUUCUAUCCGCGUUUGUCCAGCAACUCAAGCCCGCAGGCUCCUACCAUCCUUCAACUGUUGACGGAAUCCGUCAGCCUCUGACGCUCCUGCUGACGUCCCGCGCUCUUUACCUCCUCGAGGUGAUCAGCGAGGAUAGGAGCGGCUCGGAAGAAGAAGAUGAAAUCGGCACAAAGUCGGAUGAUUUUAUAGCAUCUCCUACUGCCGCCGCCGCCGCCGCUGCCGCCGCCGCCGCCGCUGCUGCUGCUCCUGCCACAGCCCUGACUACGGUCCCAGUAGAUUCGGAUCCCAGGACAUCUGAAGAGGUUGAGAAUUUCGGGGAGGUUACUAGCGCGGAUGGACAGAUGAGUCAGGGGUCGCAGAAGAGUGGUACCACCGGCUCUUCAGGGGACAUGACAAACGAGGAGGGAGGGACGCAACAGGCUGUCGUUAGUAACGGACCGACUUCGAGCAGCCAUGGAGCAAGGGCUAGCAGAGGGAAGCUGAGGCAGUGCAUCCCGGUGCUUUCGGUGGUUAAGCUGCUGCUGUCGUCGAGCAAUGACAUGUUCUCCAUCGGCAUGGUCAACGAGAAGGACGUCGUGCUGUGCACGCCUCUAGCGCCCACCAUAUGCCAGAUGGUGAUGUCAGCAUUCGCAGUGGAGGCAGCCAUGGCUGUUGAACGCGCUCUCGCUCUUAACUCCGAUCGCCCGCAGCUGCCAGCAUCAACCAGCAUCCACGUGGGCGUCGUGGUUCGUGUUUUCGUAUUUUCAGCGUCUGCACGCGUCUUCGCCUUCUCUGCGCCCACCUCCCCCCGUGGGAAAACGGUGGUGGGGGUUGAAGCAGGGGAGGAGGCAGGGACAUCACAAGGCUCACCCGGUGGGAUUGACGCUGCAUCUUUGAUGGGACCCCAGAAUGACGUGGCAAUGCAUGAUGCUGAUGUGGCACCGCCUGUGGAAAUCACGGAUUUCAUCCCUCUCAAGGUUCUCGGAAAGGGCAGCUUCGCCAAGGUGCUGCUGGUGCGCCAUGCCCCCAGCGGGCAGGUGUUUGCGAUGAAGGUGCUGGACAAGGCGGCAGUCAUGCGGCGACAGCAGCUGCAGCACACACUCACCGAGCGACACGUGCUGCAGGAGGUGCGUCACCCGUUCCUUGUGCCGCUGCGGUGGGCUCUCCAAUCCGAAACUCGUCUCUUCCUGAUCCUCGACUUCAUGCCGGGCGGGGAGCUCUUCUUUCAUCUCAAGCGCGAAAGGCGAUUCAAGGACGACCGCGCGCGCCUCUACGCCGCGGAGCUGCUGCUGGCGCUCGGGCACCUGCACGCUCUGGGCGUCAUUUACCGCGACCUGAAGCCGGAAAACAUUCUCCUCGACGCUCAAGGUCACGUGCGCAUCGCGGACUUCGGAUUGGCCAAGGAACACAUCGCCGACAACUCAUCGGCCUCCACCUUUUGCGGCACGCCUGAGUAUUUAGCUCCAGAGGUGCUAGGAGGCAAGGGGCAUGGUAGGGCUGUGGACUGGUGGAGCCUGGGCAUCCUUCUCUUCGAAAUGGUGGUUGGUGUGCCGCCCUUCUACGAUCGCAACGUGAACAUAAUGUACAACAAGAUUGUCAACGCGCCUCUAGUCUUCCCCGUCACCGUCACCAACUUCUACCUCCGCGAUCUCAUCUCCAAGCUGCUGGUUCGGGAGCCGAGCCUGAGGCUUGGAGCAGGCCCGACUGACGCUGCUGAGAUCAUGAGGCAUGAGUUCUUCCGAGGCAUGGACUGGGGCAGGCUGUAUGCCAGGGAGGUGCCUCCCCCGUUCGUGCCCAGCAGCAAGGGCAUAGAGGACGUGUCAAACUUCGAUAAGAGCUUCACCGGCCUUCAUAUCAGUGAUCCCUUGGAGCCUCCCUCCUCUGCUGCACCCGCUGACAACCACCAUGGUGCAGCAAAGUCCACCAAUGCCCCUGCAAAGGCUGCCCAGACCUCCACCAAUCCAGCUGGCACUGACAAGGGGCAUGGCGGGAAGACUGGAAUUGCAGCGGGUGGGGUAAAGGCAGGGGGAGGAGCGAAACUGAAUCUGAAGAUUGAUACGCAUGCAGCAUCUGGAAUGGAUCCGCUGGACAACUCUCUGUUUGAAGGGUUUGUGUUCAGCCCGACCAAGAAGAGCAGUGAAACGAGUCUUUCGUUGUAG